AUGAAGCCUGUUUUUCCUACCUCUGUUUUGUUCCUCUUUGUAAUGAUCUUGAUAGCUCCUGCUCUCAUCCUCUCUGAUCACCUGAAAAAUUAUAUCCAACUUGACCUCCCAGGGGUUGUUGGCCCUGAAAGCUUUGGCUUUGAUUGCCUUGGAAAAGGACCAUACAUCGGGGUCUCCGACGGUAGAAUCCUCAGGUGGCAUGGCGCACAUUUGGGUUGGAAAGAGUUUGCCACCACCUCAGCAAAGAGGAACAAGAAGGCAUGUGACGGCUCAACCAACCCGGAUCUUGAGCCAACGUGUGGGAGACCACUAGGCCUUAAAUUCAACCCUGCAACUUGUGAUCUUUACAUUGCAGAUGCCUAUUUUGGGCUCCUAAUGGUAGGGCCCUCUGGCGGCGUCGCCAAACAGCUUGCCAUUUCUGCUGAAGGAGGUCCCUUCAGAUUCACAAAUGCUUUGGACAUCGACACCAAAACUGGAGAGGUUUAUUUUACAGACAGCAGCAUUUUGUUUCAAAGAAGGGAAUUUAUUCUGAUAAUCCGAAAAGGGGACAAAACAGGCAGGUUGAUGAAGUACAACCCACGUACCAAGAAAGUGAGUGUCUUGCUAAAAGGUUUAGCAUUCCCAAAUGGUGUGGCUCUGAGCAAUGACAGCUCCUUCCUUGUGCUAGCAGAGACCGGCACAUCCCAAAUUCUAAGGUUUUGGCUUCAAGGUUCCAAGAAUCAUACAACUGAAGUUUUUUCUUCACUCGAAAGACCCCCAGAUAACAUUAAGAAGAACUGUAAUGGAGAAUUUUGGGUGGCAUUAAACAGUGGAAGAGCGAUACAAAAUCUUGGUUUCAUGGAGUCACGACAUGAAACUGGAAAGACAUGGGAGACAAAAGAUGUCGUGGGAGCAAAAUUUGAUGAAGAGGGAAAAGUUAUAGAUGUGUUGGAUGGAAAGGGUGGUACUUCACUUGAUUUUGUAAGUGAAGUUGAAGAACAUAAUGGGUAUUUGUGGAUUGGGUCCCCAGUGAAGCCUUAUGUUGGUCUUAUUAGAGCUUGA